GCGGAUCCCAUCUCACCUGACUUGUGGAAUGUCAUGUUUGACUGGUUCCCUCCGCGCGAGUUUCAUAUAAAAGAACAUUGAUUAUUGAUAUGGAGGAAUACGGUUAUGUGAAAUUGGACGUUGCAUGUGCGGACUCCCAGUGGUGCAGGGCAUGUCGACAUUUUUUUCAUGAGGAAAAUGACCCGAUUUGUCCCUUAGCAAUGAAGAAGGAUAUGACCGUCGAUCCGAGCUCGAAGCAAAAGCAAGGCUAUAAAGAAGCUCUUAUGAAGGAUAAAGAGAAAGCGGGUCGGUCGGAAGAUAAGGACACAGACCAGGGUAAGAUGAAGGAUAAGGAGGAGGAGGGAUCCUCGAAGCAGACUUCAUCAGACGAGGUCAAGGAAGAGAACCCAAGGAAUGACCUUAGGAAGGGAUUGGAGGGGAAGGGUAAGAAGAGGAAGGGUCGAACGGAGAAAGGCCGUCCGAAUCAGAAAUGGACAGCGAAAGGGAAGGGUAAGAAGGAGGGUGAGAAGGAAGAGAAGGAGGGGCCCCCUGGGCUAGAUGAUCAAAAGGAUGAGGAAAAUAUAAAUCAGGCAGAGGACAAAGAGCUAGAGGGAAGGGAAAAGGAGGAAGAAAGGGGACAGAAACUGGAGGCAGAAAACCAGGGGGAGGAAGAAAUUCAUAAGAGCCCUCUGGUCCCCACCUUGAGCAAGGAAGCAGCGGAGAUCCUUGACGAUUGUGCAAAAAAGAUUGCGGAGGCUAAGAUGGGGUUUCCGGAGUACGUAGAAGUGUCAGGUGCAGUUAAGCAAAGUGAAGAGUUUCCAUCAAUUGAAACCGUUCCUAUAAUAGAGACGGUUACCUCAGAAGAAACGAAGUCAGAGGAUAUGGAGGUGGUGGAAGCUGCUGAGAUUUUGUUUAAAGCAAGAGCAGCAAGGAAAAAACAGGCACCAAGGAAAGGAAAGAAAGGUUUGCAGGAAACUGGGAAAAGACGGGCAGGCUGGGAAGGGGGAAAUGAAAAUAGACAUACGGGAGGAUCCUAUCCGGAAAAUCCCCCGGUUAAGAAGGGGAAGCUGAACGUCAACGGAAUAGUGUUCCGUAAAUCAUAUCGAGAUGCCCGCCCGGACUCGGCCAGCUCAGUUGAAAACACGAAGAAAAAACGACAAAUGAAAAGAGGGGACGUACAGUGGGAUCUGUCUUUUGCGGCCCCUAUGACUACCCUAUCAACAAAUGACAAAGAAGAAAAGAAACCAGUUGAGCGAUUGGUCCCCCUUAUUUGUGUCAACUCGCAGCAAGGCCCCAAGGUGUUGACCCAAGUGGCAGAGGAUGAAUCUUUGAAGUUCCCAUACGUCAGACACAGCCGUCGGAUGAAAAGGUGGUAAAGGAGACACAGAACACAGUUCUCAAAGGAAGGAUCUCAUGUAUUGGUCUUUGAUGUUGGGCAAUCACUUCUUUGUUGCAUGAUGGUAUGGAUAUGUAUGUAAUGAUUGGAUCUCACUUGGAAUGAUGAUGGUUGCAUGAGGACAAUAAUUGCAUGCAUACGGGAUAGACCGACACACGAACAAAAGCGCCUAUCACCG